CCACCGCUGCCCACUGACAACAUGUUUGAAAUCAACCCAAUUACUGGAAGCAUCAGAAUCACUGGUAGCGGAUUAGACAGAGAGAAAUAUCCACAGUACACUCUGACAGUACAAGCAGCAGAUAUGGCAGGAGAAGGGUUAACUGGACAAACCAAAGUCAUCCUCACGGUGACAGAUGGCAGCAGUAAUGCUCCUGACAGCAGCAGCAACGUGGAACCCAACACUGCACGUGUUUUUCCAGCUAUUUUCUUCACUGAGAACAACAGAGGACCCUAUCCUAUUAAGUUAAUUGAAAUACGGUCUGAUGAACAUCAAAAGCAGAAUUUACAUUACAGCAUCACUGGUCCAGGAGCUGAUCAGCCUCCUGUUGCCCUUUUCACCAUGAAUAGAGACACUGGCAGUCUGUAUGUCACACAGCCAGUCGACAGAGAGGAAGUAGCCCAUUAUAAGCUACAAGUGCAUGUCGUGGCAGAAAGUGGAGAUCACCAGGAGGUCAUGAGUGUUACAGUUAAAGUCAUCGACCAGAAUGACAACAAACCUGUCUUCUCUCAAAACACCUUUGAGGGACAAGUUGCUGAAAACUCAGCACAAGGUUCUGAAGUGAUUAAGGUCGAGGCUACAGAUUCUGAUGAACCAGAUAAUGCCAACUCAGAUAUCCGUUACCGUAUUCUGAGGCAGGACCCGCAGCUGCCCAGUGACAACAUGUUUGAAAUCAACUCAGUUACUGGAGCCAUCAGUGUUGCUGGCACUGGACUAGACAGAGAGAAAUAUCCACAGUACACUCUGACAGUACAGGCAGCAGAUAUGGAGGGAGAAGGGUUAUCUGGACAAGCACAAGUAAUCAUCAAGGUGGUGGAGAGCCAGUAGUCCUGGAAAAGCUUCAGGUCUCCUGCUCCUGUUUGAGCACGAAGACAUCAGAGACAUCUAUCACUGGCUGAUUCUACAUGACGCUCUCUUCAUAUGCAUGUGUGAAUGUUAGAUAAAAAGCACUUACAUAGAAAAAAGUGCUUAUGUGAAUGGGUGUGAAUGAUCAAAGCUGGUUUGUCACUGAUCAUGUGACAAUAAAUUCCCAGCAUAGUUAUUAUUCACAUGUAAGCAUUUUGUAGGUGGUGGGAAGCUCUGCAUAUGUGUCUUAGAAAACUUCCAGGGGGAGCUGUGUAUCUGCUGCUUUUCUUUUCCAUGAUUAUUGUAGCGAGCACUCCUUCAAGUGAUUUUCUUACUCUGUUUGUCAAAGAAAACAAAAGAUUCAAAUGGUGUAAACCACAGUCAGCAGCUGCAUAAACAAUAGAUUUGAUGAUGUGUUGGAACAUGAUCAUGCUGUCACUGAGGAAUAUACUUCUUUAUAGUAACUGAAACAUAUAUAACUAAUUAAGAGUAUUGGUAUCCGAACAUAAAAGUUCACAGUUGGUUAUGUCCAAAAGUAUCUUUAAAUUCCAAAGAAAUUAAGUACUGUUACUUUGUCUUGAUGCACACUCAAAAUAAAGUACUAUUACAUCCACUUACAAGUUUGUAGAAGAAACUUGUAAGUGGAUGUUGUGUAGAGGAAGUGUAUGAUGACAGGGAUCAUUUUGCUGUUGCAUGCCAAAUGAUAUUUCAGAUCCAGUUACCACUUCAUGAAUUGAAAACACAAUCCAGUCGAUAUUGUCUGGUUUAAAAUAUACUUGGUGCUGCAUAUUAUUUUUACUUAAUAACAGGGUUUUACUGCAAUUAUAGUUUUUAUUCAUAUCAUUUUUAGUGAGCUUUUCCCAGCAAAUAGACUGACUAACACAGAUAAAUAUAUUCCUGCAAAAUAUAUCAACGCAUGUCCACUUUGACUUCAGAGAAAUCCUUAUUCAGCCUAAAGAUCAGAAAACAGAACUAUCUCUAUCAUUGCACCAACCUUUACAUUUGUCAAAUAUCGUUUUUUUUAUUACCUAUAGACAUAUUACCUUAUGUCUCAACAUAAGAACCACAUGAGUGCUGGGAACCCAGGUUACCCACCAGAAAAUGGCAUUGUGACAAAACAGCCAGUGUUAAUCACCAGUAAGUUUUUUAACAUUGUGGCCCAAUACCGUAUAGUCACAGUUCUUUUAAUAUGGCCUGCUGCAUAAAACACCAAUUAAAUAAUGUAUAUGUACUAUACGUGUAUAAGAAAGGAAAAUGGGAUUGUUGCUCUUUUUUUUUUGUUUUUUUUACAGUAACUGUCUAUCUCUUGCUCUUGCUAUGCUGCCUCUUGUAUCCUUUCAGUCAAAGCCAAUAAAAUUAAGCAUUGAAAAUCA